AUGCAGAACGAACCAUAUAACAGCUGCGUGCCGCAAUAUUUUGGUCCUUACAGAGAAUUGCUCUUUUAUGAAGCAGAAGUCACUUUGAUUGAUCCCGCUAUUGCUAUUGGGAAAUACCAGCAACAAAACCUUAUUCAUGCCGCAGAGUAUAAGCAGUUUUUAGCUGCCCAUUGUUUGGAACGCCACUACAGUUUCCAGAUCAGAAGGUGUGACAAUGUUGAUUGCUGUCAGCCAGGAACCAAGUGGUCAUGGUUACCAGAUCCAGUGAUUGACAACACUGGUAAUCAUUACCAGCCCUUUGAAACUGUAUUUGGCACAGAAACUUCUGAGAAGGACAGGCCAUCUAGCCAGAACCAAACAUUAGCUGCAGUAGCCCAAGAACAACAGGGAUGCAAGAAUAGUUUGUUAACCGCACAAAAUGUAAGAAUGACGGUGAAGUGUAAAGAAUGUGAAAAACCAAGGUGUGUGUAUUCAAAGUUAAAGCUUAACCCAAGAGACAUUCGGUCACUACGCCACACCCUAGAGAGAUACGAUUACACUUGUGGGUCAGUCAUCACACCUGAUGGAGAUGUCAUGCAGGGAAAAGUCUUUGUGAGGCUUCAGAUGUCAUGUGGAACCCAUAUUGAAUUCCCCUUUUACUCUUCCAACAUUGGAAGACCUGAUAUAUGUUGCCAUUGCACAUCACCAAAUGCUGGAAAAGAUGAAAAUACCAUGAAAACACACAGAGUUGUUUUGCCAGUCUGCCAAAACUGUGUACCAAAAGGGAUACCAACGAGAAUGCCAAAAAAAUGACAGUUUUGAAUUUUCAGAAACAAUACAUGAGUCUGACACUGUCUAGUCAAUUCACAUUCUAGUCAUAAAAUCAAAUAAAAGUUUAAUCGUUUUUUUAUUUUUACUGAAUUAUUGUAAAUUUCCAAGACAAUAUACAAGACUAAAUACUAUCAGGUCUCUUUCUCUGUUUGGUAAAUCAGCAUUGAAAAUAAUUGUUUUUGAAUAUAUGAACAGAAAGCAAUACAAACAAUAAGAGAUGUGAUAUGAUUGUCAAAGAGACAACCAUCAACAAAAUGACAAAUAUUAACAAACAAUUACACUUCUACAGGUCAUCCUAUUAAAGGUAUUCACUGAUUGGUUUAAAGCAUACUACCUUGUAGUAUGUCUUAGUAUAUUGCCAUGGAAAUUUAGUACAAAAAUAUUGUUGUAGAAAAAAAAAACUUUUUACCUACCUACCUACCCAUAUGUGAAAUUU